CCUGCCAUGGAACCCGCGCCAGCGCGCAGCAGGAAAGUUUAUAAGCUCGCAGACUCCGCUGUUGCUAUUCUUGGCGGUCGCUUAGCGAAGCGAAAAGCGGAAGCGCUUGCUGCCGCUCAGGAAGAGACUAUGAACUAUGGUAGGCUCAGUGGGGUUUCGGCGAAGAUACCCGUUCGCACUCAACGGACGGCUGUGUACAUGGCAGGAAGACGGUGAUGUGGAACGACGAUCCAAUGCUAUCCUUAUUCGCGGCCCGCCAAUAAAGCAUCUCAGUACAGACAAAAUAUUCGCCUAUACGGGGCACUACGCCACUGCUGCAGAACAAAUAGAAUGGAUCGAUGAUGAGAGCUGUGUUCUCGUCUAUUCUUCCUCGUCAACCGCGAUGGCUGCGUUUUCUGCUCUGAAAAAGUCCCGCGAAUCGUCCUCUGCAGAAUCAGGCAUGGAAGGAGAGGAGGAGAUGACAAUGUGUCAACCUGUCCCGGCGUUGCUCUGGCCAAUAGAAGAACGGCUUUCCAAGUCACUGGGUAAAUCUCAAGGCCUUACAGGACAUAUCGUGAUGCGUUGGGCGCUCAAAACUGACGUCAAACAAAGAGGGUCUCGAAAUAAAAGCGAAUUCUACAAGAAACAUGGAGACCCUAAUGACACGACCCCAUUGGAGCGGUCUAAAAAGCGAAGACGAUGGGAUGAUGAUGACUCACUUGCAAGCAGACUUGACGCUGAACCCAACGAACACGCAGCCCGAGCUCAUGACCGCGCGGCGCUUGACGCGGAACUUGACGCGUUUGUUUCAAGGGGAGAAAUCAAUGCUGGGAUAACCGCGUCUCCAAAGGAAGCAGGAAGUAUCGGUUCCCUGAUGGAUCGGCUAGGUCCCUUGAUAGAUAGCAGGGAAGUUGCUCCAUUACCUCGUCGGAAAGGUAGAGACGGUGGCUAUGGGCGUGGUCCGAGCCGUGAGCAAAGACCCACAACAGACAAGGAGACGCUGGAUGCUGAGCUUGAUGCUUUUCUCAAAGACAGGGAGGGGUGAAUUGGCUUACACUUCUUCUCCAUGGUUUAUUCAAAAACUGUAGGAAUAAAAUGUAACAUUAAUUCCAAGAGGAUGACUUGGCGCUUCACAAGCACGGACAUUCAAUACAUAGGACGUGUUUCCGUUUCCG